GGUCAAAAUGGCUGGCAAGCAGGCGGUUUCAGCAUCAGGCAAGUGGCUGGAUGGUAUUCGAAAAUGGUAUUACAAUGCUGCAGGAUUCAAUAAACUGGGGUUAUUGCGAGAUGAUACAAUAUAUGAGGAUGAAGACGUAAAAGAAGCCGUAAGAAGGCUUCCUGAGAACCUUUAUAAUGGCAGGAUGUUUCGAAUUAAGAGGGCACUGGACCUGAACCUGAAGCAUCAGAUCUUGCCUAAAGAGCAGUGGACCAAAUAUGAAGAGGUCAUUGUUGUUCUACCUCUGCACUCUGCUUCCUACUUAGAUGAAAAGAUCAGCCCAUUGAGUGGCCCUCCAGAUCCCAAGAAGAGCUUCUGUGAAGCAAACUCUCACCCCUUGAACUGCAUUGAAACUGGGCAAAGGCCUGUAGACACUCAUUUCUUUUUCUUCCCAAAAAGACUUCCCUCUCAUAACCUAUCAAAGCAACUUACCACAUUAUCACCACAGAUUUGACAUUUUAAAAAGCAGAUAGUUCUUAGGUUGAGAAUAUGUUUUCUAAAAUUGGAAAUUAAAAAGUAAUUUUUUUUUUUCUUGUUAUCGAAGACCUGUUGAGUGUUUGGGAUAUAUCAGUACGCGAUGGUAACAUAUAAUAUUUCAUUCAUUCUUUAGGAAAAUUUCUACCUUGAACCGUAUCUGAAAGAGGUUAUUCGGGAAAGAAAAGAAAGAGAAGAAUGGGCAAAGAAGUAAUCAUGUAGUUGAAGUCUGUGAAUGCAGCUGUUAUGAAGAUGGUUAUACUUGAAACAAACAAUUUUAAGAAUUAUUUGGUCUGCAGAUGUUUUACUUUAAAUAAAUGUCUAUUGUAAUGGCUGGAGUUUUUGAAUUCCAAACCUUACACUGAAUAACUACUGAAUCCAUUUACUGUUAAAUUUUUUUCCAAACUUUCAAGAUAUUUUUAGUCGUGUUUAACUGCUACCUGGAGCUCAGAGGCCACUUUAUCAGUUUUCCUCACUGGUUGGAUAGCCUAUCAGUUUAUGGAAGGAUAUAACUUCCAUAAGUUACAUCCUUUUGGAAGCUACUGAAUAAAAGAAGGGGGAGUGUACCCCCUAGUUUGCCAGGAUUGAGAAAUAGCCUCUUCACUGCUAUCCAAAUAGAUUUGAUUUUGCAUCCUAUCAUUUAAAAAUAAAUUAUGUAUUCACCCCAACAUAGGCAUGCUUAAGUAAUAUAUAUACUCCUGUGCUAACAUGUAUACUAGAAAAUAAAAAGUAGACAUUAGAAAAAUGGAAGUAUAAAUACAAA